GAAGAGAAGAGAAGAAGAGAAGAGAAGAAGACUUCUCACGAUCUGCUGAUUAUAAGGAGAACAAGAUGUCCAACAUCAGUGAUGAGACGGAACCAAACAUCUUUUACACCCAUGGGCAUUUGUUCACAGUCGUGGUUUUAUCUGUCACGACCCUCGUGGGUGUCCCCGGCAAUGCUCUGGUGCUUUGGAUUACCGGAGUGAAGAUGAAGUGGACCAUGAACACCAUUUGGUUUUGGAACCUUGCUCUGGCCGAUAUUAUCUGCUGCCUGUCUCUCCCAUUGACUGUAGUGCAGUACUUCUACCCAGAAUGGCUGUACGGCGCUGUGCUCUGCAAGAUGUUACACUUCAUUGUUCCAUUGAACAUGUUCACCAGCGUCUUCACCUUGGUGGCUAUCAGCGUUGACCGUUGCAUCCUGGUUGUCCAACCCAUUUGGGCCCGAAAUCACCGAGUAGUACGACUGGCUUGGAUGACCUGCUUGGCUAUUUGGACCUUGUCCUCCGUGAUGUGUCUACCUAAAGUCCUGUACCAAACGUUCUACACUGAAUAUAACAAAACUUGGUGCUAUUCUGAAGAGCACAUAAUAGUGCCCACCGCUUACAUCUACAUGGUUUUUGGUUUUCUGCUUCCAUUCUUAAUCAUUUCUGCCUGUUACAUUUCUGUGGCUUUCAUAUUACACAAGAGAAGAUUUACAGAAGUUGGUAAUAAAAUCAUCAAGGUGUCUUUAGGGAUCGUAGUCACAUUUUUCAUCACCUGGGCCCCCUACCACAUCAUGGGGGUAGUCCUGCUAUACACUCCAAAUGAAGUAGUACUCAUCCUGGAUAUGUUCUCGCAGUCUCUGGCCAUGUUCAAUAGUUGCAUCAACCCGAUUCUCUACGUCUUCAUGGGGAAAGAUAUGAAGGAUAAGGUGAGACUUUCUUUUGCAGAGCUCAUGCAAAGUACCCUUAGCGAAAGCUUAUCAAAGACACCACCUCAGAGGAUUCGGCACAUGGAAGCGGAAGACGUGCCUCUACAGUGAAGAUCUCAUUGUAAGGACGAGCGCCAAGAUCAUUAAAGGAAGACCUCUGCGUGAAUGCCGAGAAGGAUCUGUAGACUUUUUUUGUUCAAUUAGUGAUUGUGGUCAACUGAUUGCAGGAAAUCUUAUCAGUGCAUUCUAGGGUGGCUGCACA